AUGUGGUCCUUCCAAUUUCCAUCCCAGCUGAUUUCCAAGCCAGUUUUCCAAGCCACUUUAUCAAUGUCAAAAUACUGGAGUAGCUAUGAUACGUUAAUAGGAAUAUCGUACAUUAGUGAAUGGAUGGCCAUGGGCAAACCAACCACCUUCUAGCUGGUGGAGCUGGGCCCAGGGAGGGGCACCCUCAUGGAGGAUAUAUUGCAGGUCUUCAAGCAGCUCGCCUCUGUUCUUAGUACAUGUGAUAUCUCUGUUCAUCUGGUAGAAGUGAGCCCCAAACUCAGCGAGAUCCAAGCAGUGAUGCUGACAGGAGGGAAGGUGCAGCCAAGCCCUGAGGAUGAGUCUGCUUACAUGAAAGGCAUUAGCAAGACUGGAAUUCCCAUUUUUUGGUACAGAGACAUUCAAGAUGUGCCACCAGGUUACAGCUUUUAUCUAGCACACGAGUUCUUUGAUGCCCUGCCAAUACAUAAGUUUCAGCGAACAGAAAAAGGCUGGUGUGAGGUGUUGGUUGAUAUUGACCCAGAAGUUCCUGACCAGCUGCUGUUUGUCCUGUCACCAUCCAGGACCCCUGUGACACAAAACUUUAUUCAGGUGAGCCAGAAGAAACGAGACCAUGUGGAAGUGUGUCCUGAGGCUGGUGUCAUUGUGGAGAGGCUGGCCUCUCAGAUAGAGAAGGAUGGUGGAGCUGCUCUGGUCGCAGAUUACGGCCACGACGACAAAACUGACACUUUCUGGGGUUUUCGGAAUCACAAACUUCACAAUGUGCUGAGUGCUCCAGGUACAGCAGACCUGACAGCAGAUAUUGAUUUCAGCUACCUUCGAAAGAUGGCACAGGGAAAACCAGCUACAUUAGGCCCUAUAAAACAGAGGGAGUUUUUAAAGAACAUGGGCAUUGACCUCCGACUGCAGGUACGAGUGUUCACAUCUGCAGAACUCUCCCAAUCCACAGGCAAUACUCUUAAGCAGUACGAGAGCUUUAGUCUUUGAUUUUAAAAUGUUGUUCAAAAUAACAUGUAGGUAUGAGAUCAGAAAGUUGCUUCUGCUAGAUGUAAGUUACUCCAGAUCCCUGAAAGUAAACUGACUAUAUUUAGGAGCAUUUAAUGCAAAACUUUCAUCAGUGUGUGGGCUAUGGACCACCACCAGUGAUCUCACCAGUUUUACCAACCAUCGCAGCACCAUUAAGUGGAAAGGAUGCAAGAAGGGAUUGCAGGUAUGCAGGAAUUUAUAGGAAUACAGGAAGGACUCUAACCUGCAUUUUUUUCCAGGUGCUCUUGCAGUGAGCAGUUACUUCACAGCUAUGCUAUGUUGAUGAAUCCCUAGAAGAUGGGAAACUGUUUUAAUUUUUUUGUCCUGCUGCCUCACCACAGACUUGUACAUCCUGACAAGAAAGAUAAGCCAGAAUCAAAGUCUCCCCUACCACCUGUUGCUGGAUUUAAUGAACUGUUACUAAAGAAAUUAUACUAUGGCAAAAUGUGUGAUGGCUGUUUCAGAAUGAGUCUGGUACAGCACACCAAACCUCUGGACUGAUCCGUUCAAAGCAGUAUGAGUGGAAAUAAAACAUUGCACAUACAGAAACCAGCACACACAGAGCAAAGAAUGAACAAUGUUUUGGGAGUCUUUUGAGAGAACAGAUUGAAAUAUUUACUAAUGCAAUCCAAACUUGUCAGUAACAUGCACUAUGGAGACUUUAAAUGUAUACAAGAUUUGGUACUUGAAUAAAAUCAAGAUGCCUUGA